UCACGGCAUACCAACACGCCUGUGAGGAAUUCCUGGCCUGUCCUGAUUCAUAUCCUUCUUGUCGCACGGCAACUAAUCCGAUAAUAGCAGUUCUUCGUAAAUUAAAGCCAAAGGUUCCAGCCUUGCUCAAGCAGCUUUAGAUGGCGGGUGGAUCGGAGUUUAAUCCUGCUCUUGUUUUCUCUCAUAAGUUUCCUGAGACUACAUACUCCUAUACUGAAAGAGAUGCGGCACUUUAUGCGUUAGGCGUCGGAGCAUGUGCAUGGGAUGCCGUGGAUGCGGAUGAGCUUAAAUAUGUUUACCAUAAAGAUGGUCAGAAGUAUAUUAAGGUAUUGCCUACUUUUGCCGCUCUUUUUUCACUUGGAACAGUGCCAAGUGCUGGUCUCCCUGGCCUGCAAUAUGAUCCGCGUCUUCUGCUGCACGGACAACAGCACAUAGAAUUGUACAAGCCAUUUCCUUCCAGCGGUCAUAUACUCAAUAAACCCAGUCUUGCUGGACUACAUGAUAAAGGCAAAGCAGCCAUAUUGGAGAUUGAAACAAAAAGUUAUGACAAAGAGUCUGGUGAUUUAUUAUGCAUGAACAGGAUGACUGCUUUCCUGCGUGGUGCUGGGGGCUUCUCAAAGUCGUCUAAUUUAUUUUCUUACUCCAAUUACCCUGCCGACCAGGUUUCAGUUGUGGAAUUUCCAGAAAGUCAACCUUUUUCAGUAUUUGAAGAUCGCACCAACCCAUCUCAGGCAUUGCUUUACAGACUAUCUGGUGAUUACAAUCCGCUUCAUUCAGAUCCCAUGAUUGCAAAGGUUGCAGGAUUCUCACAGCCAAUAUUGCAUGGGCUGUGCACACUGGGCUUUGCUGUUAGGGCAAUCAUCAAAUGCAUAUGUAGAGGAGAUUCGGAGAGGAUAAAAAGGAUAUCAGGCCGUUUUCUUCUGCAUGUGUACCCUGGCGAAACUUUAUAUACUGAAAUGUGGCUUGAAGGUUUGAGGGUUUUAUAUCGGACAAAGGUGAAAGAGCGAAAGCGUACAGUCCUUUCUGGCUACGUUGAUCUGAAUGGUUUGACUCCGUCGCUGUAAAGGACUCUCGUUGCGUGUAAGCAAGAAGGUACUCGUAAUUAUUAUUCCCGGAAGAUGUAUUAAAUAUUUCAAUUAUCAAUAAGUCCUUGCUAUGACUAUCACCUGCAAAAAGGGAUCGAGCUAGUGGGACCACUUUAUUUCCAGUUUUCGAGUGAUCUGGUAUUUCUCACCUUUUAGUCACAGUAACUUAAUUGGAAUACACGGGCUUGUCCUCGCUGGUUAGGAUUAUGACAGUAUGUCAUUUUUUAUCUGAUUGAAUAGGCUAAAACCAAAAUAGCUGACGAGCGACAAUAUGAUUUGAGCAUACUUUGCUCUUGAGUCUUGUGGAUUGAAAAAAAUAAUGUUGGAAGUGCUUUCUCUUGA